AUGCAAAUUCAGGUCAGCGGCAACUUGAGUCUUGUACUGCAAGGUGUCCUUUACAUGUCGCGCACGGUCUGGUUUGCGUACUGGGGUCUCUGCCUCGUCUCCUAUGGGCUCAAGCGCUGGGAAAAGCAGCACGUCUUCUCCGAAGUCGACCCGACAGUGCUUGCGAUAGCGGUGACCGUGUACGGUCCGGCCUUUGUGUUCAUGUUGGAACAUAUCGCAGCGUUUUCGCGGAUGUACCAUGCGCUCUUCUAUUGCCUCGUGCCCACAGACCUCCAAAGCCAAGAGAGCGAAGCGGCUCUCGUUUGUAUCAUUUAUACCUUGACGACGCUGAGCAUUCCGUUGGCGUACGGCUUGGUCGCGGGCUGCGUUCGUCGACCACGGCCGAUCCCAGCAGACUGUAGCUCCGUUCGCUACAAUAGCGUCAAGAGUGCCGCCUUGUUCCAAGCCUCCAAAGCCCUGCACAUGGCAACGCAGCGUCCUGCGCGCGGUGGCACCAUCUACCACGCGAUGGACUUGAACCCGCGCCUGAAGUUGUGUCCGACGAUCAACCUGCGGGGCACCGACUGCUUCUUGCUCUGCUACUGCAACGGUGUGCUUAUCGAGCGGCUGCGCUUGAGCCUUCUCUCAGGCGUCGACUUAAAACGCGCGGCGAUCUCGCACGCCACGAGACCGUCCAAGUAUGUCGUCAACGAGUUGCGCGCGACGAAUUUACCCAACCACCUGUCGAAAAGUUAA